AUGGACAAGUUCAUUCACUCAGGCGUCACCUUUCUUCAUGUCCCUCCCCUCACCGGAAACUGGAGCUCCGGCAACUGCUGUGGGCAAGUUAAAAAAUACUCCAAGAGCGCCGCGGAUGAAAAGCAGAUCCAAAAGCAAGCUCAACAAAAAAAGCAGCAAGCAGAAAAGGAGAAGGCAAAGCGGGAGUUCCGCGUCGUGGUCAAGGGAUUCCCGAAGACCACGACGAGGACCGAGCUUGAGGAGCACUUUGGAAGCUGUGGGCAGAUCCGGAUGGUUACGCUUCCACAGAAGGGCGGCAGCACGAAGGGAAUCGCCUUUGUAAGCUUCGCUUCCGAGGCAGCGCUAAAGGCCGCGCUGAAGCUCGAUGCCCAGGAGUUCAAAGACAGUCGAACUCUGAAGGUUUGGCGGGCUGUGGAGAAAGCUACCAAGACAGGUGCCAAGCAGCUCGAUGGCGAGUGA